AUGUCACAGUCCCACGAGGUAAACGAAGAUACCGAUAUGGCUAUUUCCUUCUUCCCCCCCCACCUCCACGAUGAAAUUGAAUCAAUCUCCCCAUUCUACACCACAGCCCGCCACUCACAAGACCGCCCACCCUCAGGCCACGAUGUGGCCGACCCCCGCUCAAUCCCAUACGGCAAUCAAUCCACCAACAUGCCCUACGAAUCCCGCCGUGAAUACACAGUCUCCCGCGGGGCAGAACAUCAACCCCGCAUGCCAGAUCCAGGCCACCAUCACAUGCAUCUAUCCGAGAACGCAUCCCGCGGUCCCAGUCCAAUUCUCCCCCCAAUCCGCGACUUGGAUUCUAUGCCCGGCCGGGCAAUGAACCCCUCGAGCAAAGGGUAUUCCGAGCGGCCCCCACGCUCCGACCCUUUCGUCGCGCAGGAAUAUCGCCAACCCGGACCGUCAGCAGCGAUGUCCGCUGAUUCUCACCCCCGCGGCGAGCACUUCGCACCCAUCAUGCACCCUCAGUCACCGUAUGGACAUCCUCCCAUCGGGUAUGCGGAUGAGCAGAUGUCGCCCCAGGUGAUGGGGCAUGGGCAGGGGAAUUUUGGGAUUAUGGGCGAUCCGAUAGAUCCCAAGACGAAGCGGAGACGGGGGAACUUGCCUAAGCCUGUGACUGAUAUCUUGCGGGCUUGGUUCCAUGAGCAUCUCGAUCACCCUUAUCCUAGUGAGGAGGAUAAGCAGAUGUUUAUGACGAGAACGGGGCUUUCGAUUAGCCAGAUUAGUAACUGGUUUAUCAAUGCUCGGAGACGACAACUUCCUGCGCUACGCAAUCAAAUGCGCAGUGGUGCAGAUACGGAGUCUCAACGACAGUCGCCCUUUAGUGAUGUUGAUGGAUCGGAGCACCUGCCCUCUCCUCAUCAUUAG